AUGGAUAUCUAUGCACUACAGGACAGGUGCAGCAAGACCAUCACUGCCGUCAAGGCACCUAUACCUGCACCAGCUCGAGUUCCAUCAUCAACCUCUGGAGUUUCUCAUUUGGCACUCGAUGUGCCCAUGGCAAUGGCUAUUUGGGAUGGUGCAGCUCGAAUCGCAAUUCUCGAGGCUCGUGUGGCAGAGCAGGAUGUCCCCCCUUCCAUGUCACCCCCCGAAUCAGCACUUCCUUCUCUCAUUGAUCUGUCGAUGGCAGGGAUGGAGCUCACACCUCCAAAACUCAAGGAUCCUCCUGCCAUCGAGGGUCUCAUGUUUGAGCACAGCCAAGUUGAACCCGAGGGUCCACAGAUGUCCAUAGAAUAA